CGUCCGAAAAAGGGCAUCAUCACGGCGGUCAGUUCUGGAGGGAAGCGCUCGGCCCUGUGGCACCAGGCGCCCAUCACGCUCUGCCUCUUCAUCAUUUUUCUGUUGUCGCUCCCUCUCCUCCCCCUUCUCAACCCUCCCCCUCUCAGCACUCUGCCCUCUCACAAACCCUCAUCGCAGCGCCGCCGGUCCCCAGGCUGUGGGACGGAACAAGCCUCUCGACCCUUGCUCCUCCGGCUAAGGUGCGGCGAUUUACCAGCGCUGCGACGCUAAAAACUCAGACGAGGUGCAAGUUCAAUGGGGCAGAAGACAUCGCCUCCGCGUCGCCCUCGACAUGCUGCCAUGAGAGACGACGGAGGAAGCCAUGAUUACAGAGAACGGCCUCGAUCUGGCAGAGGAGUGACGUCCUCGGAUCGACCAGGAUCUCCUCCCCACGAGGCCCGUCACAGUGCCGACUACGCCCGUCACCACCAUCGCCCCAGAAGUCCAGCGCCAGCGCACCGGCAUCGCUCUCGAGACCGCAGCCGGGACUAUUCCCGGCGGGAGAGGCCUGCAUCCU